AUGCAAUCUCAACAUCUCAAUACUUGUUUCAAUGAUGGAUGGACUCCAGUGCCACAGUUCGGAGGGUGGGACCAAACAGGACCAGACGCAACAAACUACUCGGUUGUGUUCUCCAAAGCUCGCGCUAACAAGAAGCAGAACAAAGCUGGUUUGAGACCUUUUAGUUUGGGAAGCGAACAAGAACUCCUGGCAAGUGCUCGUCACCACCACCAGCAACAUCACCAUCGCCGUCAAACCCAAGACGAUGACCCUGUCAUGGCCAAACUAGGGCCUUGUUCCAUAAAGUCGCAAUCGUUCUCUCGUCAGUGCGAUAUAGCAAAAAUAUGGCUAAAUCUGCCCUGUGAAAACGUGUACGCCAGUGCUACAAAAUUGCAGUUGAUCGCGGCAAAGCUAUUCGUUGUGCAAAUUCGGAUAUGGAAUCAGAGAGCGUCAAGUUUGGAGGACCAAGAGAAUUGGGCGGUGCAUUUGAUCUCAUAA